UUUUUUGAGAGGUGUCCCAUCGUCAUGGAACCACAGAAUCUUACUGGUGUGUCAGAAUUCUUCCUCAUGGGACUCUCAGAUGACCCGGAACUACAGCCCCUUCUCUUUGGGCUGUUCCUGUCCAUGUACCUGGUCACCGUGCUCGGGAAUCUGCUCCUCAUUCUGGCUGUCAGCUCUGACCCUCACCUCCACACACCUAUGUACUUCUUCCUCUCCAACCUGUCCCUGGCUGACAUUGGUUUUAGCACCACUACAAUCCCCAAGAUGCUGGUGAACAUUCAAACACACAGUAAAUCUAUCACCUAUGCAUGCUGCCUAGCUCAGAUGUCCUUUUUUUUCCUAUUUGGAUGCUUGGACAGUCUACUCCUGGCUGUGAUGGCAUAUGAUCGAUUUGUGGCCAUUUGUCACCCCCUGCACUACCCAGUCAUCAUGAACCCAUGCCUCUGUGGCGUUUUGGUCCUGGUGUCGUUUUUCAGCAGCCUUUUGGACUCUCAGAUACAGCUUUUGAUGGUGUCACAACUUACCUUCUGCACAAAUGUGGAAAUUCAUCAUUUCUUUUGUGAUGCACCUCAACUUCUCCAUCUUGCCUGUUCUGAUACCUCCAUCCACACCGUACUAAUAUAUUUCAUGGGGGCCAUUUUUGGUAGCAUUCCACUCUCAGGGAUCCUUUGCUCUUAUACUCGAAUUGUUUCCUCCAUUCUGAGAGUCCCAUCAACAGGUGGGAAGUACAAAGCCUUCUCUACCUGUGGCUCUCAUCUGUCAGUUGUUUGCUUGUUUUAUGGAACAGGUCUUGGGGUGUAUCUCAGUUCAUCUGUCUCC